UUGCACUCCAGCAUGCCUUCAGCACUGAUGCAAACACAUGAUAGGGAGCCACCCUGCUUUCAAAGAGAAAGCAACCAUCUUCUGAUCACAACAGACCCCAAGCCUCGUCUCCGAUGGACUCUCGAGCUUCAUGAACGAUUUGUCGAUGCUGUCACCCUGCUUGGAGGACCAGACAAGGCCACACCUAAGGCCAUUAUGAGAAUUAUGGGAGUUAAGGGUCUGACCCUUUAUCACUUGAAGAGCCACCUUCAGAAAUUUAGGCUUGGAAAGCAACCACAGAAUUAUCUCAAUGAACAGGCAAUUAGAGAUGCAACUGGUCAUCUAAAAAACCUACAAGAUGCUGCUACAGCCAGAAUCUUCGGUGAUGGCUUGAACAAGAACAUCCACCGAAAUGAAGUGCUUGGAACGCAAAUACAAGCACAGAGGACUUUAGAUGAGCAAUUAAAGGUAAAGCACCACCUUCAAAAGAGAAUUGAUGCACAGAGAAAGUAUAUGCAAACAAUUCUAGAAAACGCGUACAGAACAGUCUCUGCAGAAAAUAGGCUUUUUGACGAUCAACGAGUUGUAUCAGAAAUGGGCAACAUGAAAGAAAUAGUUUCUGCUUCAAACUUUCCAACUAUACAGGACUUGCAAACUUAUGGGGAUCAUUCUUAUGAUGGAUUUCUGCCAACUGAUGAUAGCAUGAGUAGCUGCUCAAUCCCCAUGAUUUCAUAUGAUAAUAUGCAGCUACAACAUCUAGGAACAUUAGCACCAUGCCUAGCAUCAGAAGAGGAGCUACAUCAAAUGUCUUACAAUUGAUGGCUGCACGCUCAAAG